AUGGUCCACACUGACUGGCAGCAGCAGUUCCGGGUUUCCGACGGGAGCUUUGCCAGCCCGACCCGGAGCUGCUGCCUGGCUGGGACUGAAGCCGGGAGGAGCGUCUACAUGCAAAGCAAGAAGAGCCGCGUUGGAUCCAGCAGCAGCAUCCCCUUCCUUCGCAGCGGGGCCCGCGAAAUGCCUCCGAGUCUGGGAAGAUCUCCAGCAGCCGGAGAUGGAGGCUCCUCCUCGGCUUCGGAACCUGGAGGCGGCGGACACCCAUCGAGGCUAGUCGCCGCUUGUCCUUCCCAAGCCCACGUCCAUCCCACGGGGGCGGGGGGGCUCCUGCCAGAGCUCGGGCUGCGCUCGCCUCUCCGCCGCCACUGCCCGAAGCCGCCCCCAGCGGGGAGGGGCCCGAAUGCAGAGCCCUCCUCCGCAGGGCCAAGGCGGGCUGGUGUGGGCCGCGGAGCUCUCUGCCAGAGGCGGGACUUGUGCGUGGGCAAUUCCACCACGCCACUCAGCGGGCAGAAGCCGCGCGGGCCGGGGCGGAGGGGGGGAGACAGAGGCCCCCUCCCCAAAUGCCCCUCGGGAAGGAAGCCGGCCCGUGAGUUGGGGGAGAAGCGACGGCCCGCCGGGACCUCCCGGGUGCCACCCCAGCCCAGCCCCACCCGGCGCGGAUUUGCCAGGCUGCCCUCGCGCCGCCGAAACCCUCUGCGGGAGGGUCUGAAUAGCUCUCUCCCCCCCUCCCGCCGCCGCCCCCCGCUGGACUUGCCAGGCGCGCAGCUUCCCCCGCCCCGGGAGACCCCUGGCAGCUCCGAGGCGACCCUUCCCUGGCUGAAGACGCAGCGGAGCGACCGCGCCGGAGAGGGGCAGGUAGCCCACCCUCCUGCCGCGUCCCAGACUGGCGCGGCGCUGAGGCUGCGGCGCUGUGAUGCUUCGAAGCGCCCGCCCGCGCGCCCGGCAGGCAGCGGCAAAGGCAGAGCGGUCUCCCCGCCACGUCCCGCGCGGCGCCGCUUUCCCCCGAGGGGAACCACCGGUGGCGGGGCGGGAGGACCGGAGGAAAGGCAGGACACACCUUUUCAGAACAAGCCAACAGCACCGCCAGGCCUGUUCAGCUGGAAGAGAGAGACUGGCCAGCCAGCCCAGGCACAGAAGCAUCCGCGCAGAGGAGCAGGGAUCCAUCCAGACCCAGGCCUGAGGCCUCCCUAGUCCAAGGGCAGCACAGGGCACCUCACUGGGGCCGGGCGGGGUUGGGGGAGAAUCCAGCAGAGAACCCAAAGAGCUGUUCAGGUGCAUGGAGGGAGAAUUGUAUGAAGGGAAGGGGUGGCUGAGAUGGAAGAGAGGACACCUUUGGCUGCAAGGAAAUGCCAGCUUCGCCAUCCUUUGGGUUUCUCGCUCAUUCAUCCAUCAGUUUAUAUACUGCCCUUCCUGAAGUGUCUCAGGGCGGUUUACAUUAAAAUAAAAA